CUUGACUUCAGUAUCCAUCACUUUGCGUGUGCGAAAAAGACGUUUGUCACUGGAGUGAACAGCUGCGGAGAGACUGUCUCAUUAACAAAUCAAGGUCUGUUUGGACAUGGCACUUGACGGGGUCUUGGAUGCCAUCUUGGCGGUUGCAACACUCACCUUAAGAGCCACUGCCAUCUUGUUCACACGAUUCCACCCUCUCGGCAAGCGAUAUUUGAAUCGUAUCUAUGGAAGUUUAGCACUGUAUAUCGGGGGAAUCCUGCUCCGGUUGCUUCUGCCCACAGGACCAGCCAGAUCUCCGAAGAGACGCCAUCCAGUGCUCAUAUUACUCCUUGGAUGUGUCGAUCGAACGUCACCCCUUGCAAGCUUCAGCACAGUUGUUUUGAACUUGUUAUCGUUGGGCGCGGUGUGGGAUUUUCUGUACAGGGGACACUUCGCACACCAGAGCAACGAGCUCUUCUUCUCUCGGCUUGGCUACGUUGACGAAACAACGGCGAGAGUAGUCGUGCGUUCCCCCAUUUCCCCCAUCACAUAUGUCGAGAUCACUUGGAGUCCAUCGUUGCGUUCUGGCGACGAACCGCCAAGGUCGACGACAAUAUCUGUGGCCGAAUCGAACGAUUACGUCGGGACAUUUUCUCUCGAUGGCCUCGAGCCAGACACGGAAUACACCUACGGCACCAACGCGAGCCAUUCGGGUGUCUUCAGAACCGCCGCAGCAUCACCGAAACGCUGGAGUCUCAUCUCGACAAGCUGCAUCAAGCCCUUCUACCCGUACAGUCCGGCAGACCACGCUCUGCGCAUUCGAGGCCUGGAGCACCUGGACCACUACCUGGCGACAGACCCGGCCGACAUGAUGCUCUUCCUCGGCGACUUCAUCUACAUCGACCUGCCAGUCGCGCUUGGCUGGACGACGGAGCACUACACGACCGCAUACCGCCAAGUCUACGCCUCGCCCAGCUGGUCGCCUGCGCUGCGUUCGCUGCCGUGGCUGCACGUAUACGACGACCACGAGAUCAUCAACGACUGGGCGGCGAACGAGACGGGCCUGUACCAGUCCGCGAUGCGGCCGUUCUGGGCAUACCACGGACACGCCAACCCCGCUUCGCAGUUCGGCCUGGGCGAGACGUACUACACGUUCCGCCGCGGGGACGUGUCGUUCUUCGUGCUCGACACGCGUCGCUACCGGUCCGCCGAGGCCUUGGAAGACGGUCCCGGAAAGACGAUGCUCGGCCCCGCGCAGCUGUCCGACCUGCAGCGCUGGCUGAGGACUGAAAAAGCGUGGAAGGUGGUCGUCAGUAGCGUGCCAUUCACCCGAAACUGGAGGGGCGCGGAUGCGGCUGAUAGCUGGGCCGGGUACCUUUGGGAGCGAGACAUGGUCUUGGACGAGAUGAGACAGACAGACGGCGUCAUCAUCUUGAGCGGGGUAAGUGGUGUUCUGUCCCGCUUAAAUGGAUUCCAGGGUGUGAUAUCAGCAACUAAUCCAGAGGUCGGUUUCGUACAGGACCGCCAUGAACAUGCGACGACGGUGUUCCCGCCUAACGAAAAGGGCGGCAAGGCGGUCAUUGAGUUCUCGACGUCGCCACUGAACCAGUUCUACGAGCCGUUUGAUCGGUUCCACCGGCAGAUCGAGGAUACGGACGUCUCGGUCUACUCCCAUCCGUGGGGUAACUCGAAGUUCGGCAAGGUCAGCUUCGACACGUCGGAGCCCAAUCGUCUCAAGGUCAAGUAUGACCUCGUCGUCGAUGGGGGAAAGGUAUGGGAUUAUGUGUGGGAGUAUACGAGGAGCCCUGUUGGCUUUUAGCCAGGAGUCGGAACGUCAAGGUAUGCAUGGCACGCUCGCAAGGAGGAAUGGUCAACACUGGCGCAUCAUCAAUGGAAAUCUCGAAACGUUCAACUCUGAGCAUUCAUGUUCCCCUCUCGAUGGACUGCUUGGUUCGUGCAUUCCCCAUGAUCUGCAUUGCCCUCUCAAGCAUCUUCGACAUGCGGUACGUUCGCGGUCAAUGUUUUCCAAGCCGAUUGAAUAUAAAGUUCCCUCUUCCUUCCCAAACGCCCAGUGAGCAUCUCAGCUUCCGCCCAAACGCCCAAUCGCUAUUCCCUGAAAUGCAUGUUUGAAAGCAUGCCGUAAUU